UUCAACCCGAACGGUCGUGGAAAAGUGUCGCGCGGAAAAGCGGAACAGAGUCGUGGAAAAGCGCCGCGUUUUCGCCGAUUUCGCUAAAGCCACCAGAGGAGCACAGCUUGGACUUGCAGUGGACGUUGUUUCCUCGGCAGAGGGAAGCGGGAGGGAAAAUUCGGCUUUUCCGCCACUCGCGCGUGUUUGUCCGUGUGUUGUUGUUGCUGUGCGUCGGUGUGAGUGAUUAAUACGAAAAGAGCAGAAACCGGUUCCUUUUUCUGCUUCCUCUGCAAUUGCCUUUUCGUAAUUCGUAAUUCGUAAUACAUCGCAUUCGUUUCGUGGCUCUUUUAUUUUCUUUUCGGCUUGUCGGCUCCUGAUUUUCGGUGCGAAAAUAAUAAUAACAAGCAGAACGCAGACUGUAUAUUGCCAAAAGUAUACCAAUUUUUUUACUGUGUCCCCCGAAACGAAUACGAAAAUUCCAACGAAUCAGUGAGUGAGCAAAGCAAGGAGAUAAAGUUGGGAAUCGAGAGCCAAGUGCCAAAAAGUGAGCGAGAGAAGUCCGAGAAAUGCGAGAAACAAAACAAAAGUGGCAAAUUUACCGAAAAAAUUAACAUGCAAGGCGGAGGAAAUAGGGAGAAAGCAUAACUUUGGUAGCUUGGGCGCAUCUGCUGGAUGCACAGAGUCCAGCUCCUUGGCAGCAGGUGGAAAAACAUUCGUAGAACGCCGAAGUAAUUGAACGGCAACAUUGGCGGCAGAAGAACAGCAACCGGAGAGCGUAAAACAUAAACAGACAGUUUUCAAAAGUCCUUCGACUUGAAGAAUUUCGACUCGUUAAAGAAGACCGCGCAAUAUUCCUCCAAUCGGAGUUGGCAUUUAGUUUCAAAAAAGUUGGAGGAAAAGCGUAACUGGAAAAAUUCUUUAAAAUAAAAUUCCGAUGAUGCUCGACUCCUGUUGCUGCUAAAUACCCCCAAAACCCAACCCGGAAUUAUCGCAUCUAGAGAGCAGCGAGCAGUAGAAUCGCCCGAGAGGAACUUCGAUCGACUUUGAUAUUUGAUAGACGACAAUGUAUCCGGCGAGCGGCAGUGGAGGCAGUGCAGCAACUGCUGCCAAGUUCCAGAAUCGCUGUGGAUCCCCGCAAUUCGCCAGCGACUAUCCGCACCCACAUCCGCAUCAGCAUCCGCACCAGACGACCUCGGCGGCGGUGCACAGUGUCCCGCCGGGAGUGGGAGCGGGAGUGAGUGGGGGCUCCAUGCGCCACGGCCAGCGGGCAGUGGCCUCACAUCAGCAUCCCAGCCAGAUGACCCUCAGCCACGGCAUGGGUCACAAUCAUGGCCUGGGAAUGGGCGGAGGCGUGGGCAUGGGAAUGGGCCACAAUCACGGCCAUGGACAUGCGGCCGCCACCUUGGGGCAUCCGCAUACACACUCGCAUUCGCACAACAACAGCGGCAGCAGCAGCAGCAGCCACGUGGGACACAUUGGCUCGCAUCUGAUCUUCCCCGACGACAUGGACAGCAUCGAGUUCUGUAUGCCGGUGGCGCCCUCGUCCUCGUCCGCCUCUUCGCAGAACGGCCUCGGGAUCGGGGACCAGCUGCUCAUGGGUAGCAGUCACGGCGAGGCGUUCACGGAGCGCCGAAGAAGGGGUCACAGCCGGCGGAGCAACCACAAGAUGGAUGUCGAGCAGCAGGUCAAGUGGUCGCGUAAGAACAUUGCCGCCACCAUGGAACGCUUCGAGCCCACGCCCAACACACAGUCGUCGUCGUCCACAUCAUCGCUGGACUACGGAUUCGCCGCCGGCGUGAUGACCCCUAGCAGCAGCAGUGCCACGCCCUCGCACGGCGGUGGCGCCUCCAAUCCCUCUCUGCACGUAGCCUUCAACGGAGGCGGUGGUGGAGCAGUGGGUGGUGGUGGCUCUGGAGCCAGUGGAGCUAGCGGCUCGGGAGCUGCUGCACCGGCGGCGCCUUUCAACCACGUCUACUCGUAUGCCUACUACGAACCGGGCGCGGCCAAGUGCCACACGAAUGUGCCCGCUGCCCAGGGAUCGAGCUCGAGUUCCGGAUCAGGAGGUCAGGGUCAGCAGGGACAGCAGCAAGUCCACUCGAAGAGUCCGCCACGGAACUCGAUACGCGCCCUGCUGGCCAAAAGCUUUCGCUCGAAGAGCAGCACCACCCAUCAUGGUGGCCAGUCCACCUCCAGUUCGCCAAGCGCCGAGGAGCGGGAUCGCCACACCUACACCACCCGCUACGGCACCACCGAGAACCUGUACGAGGAGGUCAGCGAGCAGAAGAUCCGCAAAGUGCUCUCGGACAACCGCAUCGCCAGCGGCUCCAGUGCGGGCAAUGUGAAGGAGGAGCAGCGUCGUGUCCAGCACAACCACUUCCGGGUGCUCGACGAGCUGAAUCUCUCGCUGGAGGCCCUGAUAAUGCCGCCCACUCCGCCGGACGUGAGUCCCAGCCACGCCCUCGGAGCCGAUGAGCCCGGCACAUCGAUGUCCGCCGGCGCGGUGGGCGGUGGUGGUGGCAUAUCGAUGUCUUCGUCUUCGGGCUCGGCGGUGGUGGCACCCUCGUCGAAGACCGCCCAGCGACCCAGGCGCGGCGGCCUUCUAGGUGGAGCCGCCGGGACUGGGGCCACCUCGAACUCCAGUUCCGCCUCGCACGCCAGCCUGGAGAACCUCUCGAGCACGCUGAACAGCAUGGAGCUGAAGGAUCACGGCCACAGCAGCUGCAUCAAUCCGGAGUUCGACGAGGGCGACCUCGAUUCCGGCUUCAGUGGCAGCGGCAGCAGCAGUGGGGCCAGCUACAACGAGAGUCUGCGGUACUACAAGUCCGCCACGCCCACCGGCCAGCUGCACCACCACGCCCACGUCCACCAGCAGCAGCAGUCGCUGCACCAUCACAGCCUGAACAACAACACCUUGCCGCACAAUCUGCGCAGCUGCCGAUCCUCGACAGCCUCGGGCACCUCGACCUCCAAGAGCAGUAUGGCCAGCUGUGGCGAUGAUCAGGGCAUUGGCAUGACCUUGGCGGUGGGCGGUGGAGUGGGUGGUGCCGCUGGCGGUGUCAUGGUACCCAUGCACGAGGCAGCGGGAGCCGUGGGCGGCGGUGGAUCGCUGUCGCCCUUCAACUACCCACGCCGCUGCUCGGCGGAUCAGCAACGCGCCUCGGGCAGAUCGAUGGCCUCCGGCGUGGGCGUUGGGCCCGGCGUGGGCGUGGCCGUGGGCGUAAUGGGCGGUGGCGGCAUGAGCAUGAGCAGCAGCAGCAACGUGGCGCUGUCCACCGGAGCGAAACCCAAGAAGAACUUUUGGACCAUGAAACCGUGAUGCUACAAAAAGGCGCUGCGUCACAUUUGCAAGAAAUGGACUAUUGUUAUGGAAUACAAUUCAAAGACUGCCUCAUGCCAUGCCAUCCAUUAUUACCACCAACCCAACAGCGGUAGCAGCUACAGUAGCCGUCGCCACCAUCAGCAUCAGCAGCUGACGUCAUCAGCGUCAACAUCAUCGUCCACAUCAUCACUGCAU